AGAAACAGAAAGAGAGAGAAAGAGAGAGAGAGAGCACUCUAUCCCAGAAAACACAAGUAACAAAGAGUGUCUCCCACAGAAAACAUAAGCAACAGAGAAUUCACAUUCAUGGCUUCCAUCCUUUGCUGCAACAACUAUUUGGAGCAUAACAAGCCACAGAUUCAGAGAGAAAAGGACAAGCUUUGAAGGUGUUCAACAAAGAACCUAAUUCAUGGCUCCCUUCUUUUACUGCAACUGUUUGGAGCAUAAUAAGCCACAGAUCCAGGAAGAAAAAGACAACCUUUAUGGAAGCCCAAGUUUUCAUUUUUGGAAUCCUCUAUGUGUGUUUGUGUUCAUCAACAAUUUUCAAUGUCCCAUCAAAAUUCCUGCCUUUCUUCCAACCAAAAAUUUCAUCUUUCUUCGUUUUAGCAUCUGAAUUUGCUUAAUUUUCUGAGCUUUCGCUUCUGGAUUUGUGUACCAACCCCAUUUGUCCAUGUUGUUGGUUUUAAACCGGUUCUGGGAGGGUAUGGGUGAACAAAGGUGCUAACUUUGGAAGAAACUGGAGUCUUUUGGGUGGGUUGAUUUUGUGGGUACCCUUGUUGUUGUUGUUGUUGUUGUUGUUCUUGUUCUUGUUUUUGUUCUAGUUACUUUCUUAGAUGAAGGCCAUGCCCUUUCCUUUUGAAGAGUUUCAAGGGAAGGGAGUGUUGGAUUUCUCUUCAGCCUCAGAUUCAUUUUCACUGCUUUUGCAUAAUCCACAAAAGUGGACCAAAGACAAAGAAGAUUAUUGCUAUGUGGGCACUGAGCCCACCUCAGUUCUUGACUCCAGAAGAAGCCCAAACUCUUCCACUAUGUCCUCUUCCCUUGGUAGCAGCAACACCAUAAGCAAAGGUGGAAGUGGUGGUUCAACCAAUAACACCACUGGUUACACCCCAACUGUGUCUCAGAACCCUCGUCAACCAGCAUUGGAAACCACCAUAGAAAAAUGUGGUAUGAGAAUGGAGGAUUGGGAGGCUCAAGAUCAAUCUAUUAUGAGGUUAAUCAUGGGUGAUGUUGAAGACCAUUCUGGAGGAUUGAGCAAGCUCUUCCAGAACAAUGGAUGUGGGUCUCAAAGUGUUGAUUUCAAUGGAGGUUUUGGUGUUGUGGAUCAAGGGUUGAACAUGGUAAGUUUUAUUGACCCAUCUGUGCCAGGGAAUUACCCUGGUUUCCCUUUCAUGGCUGAGAAUAUAGAUGGUCACAAUGCAGCAUCAAGUGGUUGGAGAAGUAGAUGAGAAACCUCAAGUUAUCAAUCCUCAGUUUAUGUUAAACCAUAAUCAAGUUCAAUUCACAGAGAACCCUUCUUUCUUUGUGCCAAUGAUGUACCCCCAAGUGCAAGAGCAACAAGUGGUCUCUCAGCAUCAAGCAAAACGCCCCCUUUAUGACACUGUUGGGCUCAAUUAUCAGGUUCCAAGGUUGCCCCUUUUGGAUUCAGGGCAAGAGCUGUUUGGUAGGAGGCAGCAAAUGCAGCUUCCAUUGUUUCCUCAUCAUGUGCAACCACAGGUUGUGCCAUCUGCUAAACAGCAGAAGGUGAGUUCCACCGGAGAAGAUUCAAGCCACCAGCUUCAGCAGGCCAUAUUUGAUCAGUUAUACAAAACUGCUGAGCUGAUAGAAGCUGGUAAUCCGGUUCAUGCGCAAGGGAUAUUGGCGCGGCUCAAUCACCAGCUCUCACCAAUUGGUAAGCCUUUCCAAAGGGCUGCUUUCUACAUGAAGGAGGCCUUGAUGUCAUUGCUUCAUUCAAAUGUUCAAAAUCUUUUGGCUUUCUCACCCAUUAGUUUCGUAUUCAAAAUUGGAGCUUAUAUGUCCUUUUCUGAGAUAUCACCUGUUCUUCAGUUUUCCAACUUUACUAGUAAUCAAGCCCUCAUUGAAGCUGUGGAAAGGUUUGAUCGAAUUCACAUUAUCGAUUUUGAUAUCGGGUUUGGAGUGCAAUGGUCUUCUCUUAUGCAAGAGCUUGCUCUGAGGAGUAGUGGUGUGCCUUCACUCAAAAUCACUGCCAUUGUAUCACCCUCCACUUGUGAUGAGGUUGAGCUCAAUGUCACCCAAGAAAACUUGAAUCAAUACGCGAAAGACAUCAACAUGGCGUUCGAGCUCAAUGUUUUGAGCAUUGAAUCAUUGAACACUCCUUCGUGUCCACUCUCUGGACAGUUCUAUGAGAACGAGGCUAUUGCUGUUAACAUGCCACUUUCUUGUUUCACAAACUACCCAUCAUUGUUCCCUUCUGUCCUUCGCUUUGUAAAGCAGCUUAGGCCAAAAGUGGUGGUCACUUUGGAUAGAAAUUGCGAUCGAUUCGACGUACCAUUUGCCACCAAUGUAGUCCAUGCUCUUCAUUGUUACUCAGCCUUACUUGAAUCACUUGAUGCUGUAAAUGUGAACCUUGAUGUCCUUCAAAAGAUUGAGAAACAUUUUGUUCUACCAGCCAUUAAGAAAAUCAUAAUUGGUCACCAACAUUCGCAGGAAAAGUUACCUCCUUGGAGGAACAUGUUUCUUCAAUAUGGAUUCUCUCCAUCCACAUUUAGUAACUCCACAGAAACUCAAGCUGAGUGUUUAGUGCAAAGGGCACCUAUAAGGGGUUUUCAAUUGGAGAGAAAGCACUCAUCUCUUGUUCUAUGCUGGCAGAGGAAAGAACUUGUCACAGUUUCAACUUGGAGAUGCUGAGAAGUAACUAAUUGUUAUUACCUUGUAUUUUUAAAGGUGCUUCAUAACUUAUUUUACUAUGUAUUUGUUUAUGUAUUUUAGGCUUUUUGAUGAAAUCCACCGCCAAAAUGUUUCUUGACUAGAAUGGGCUACAUUUCUGUUACUAUUAUGUCACUUUAAAUAUGGGUUUUGUUUAUGUCUUUACCCAUUUUCGUUAUCUAAGAUUGCUGAGUGCCUUGUUAUAUUGAGACCAAAGCAAUUUGCUUUGGAAGAAAUGAACAAUUUAGGCGAUGAUGAUGGCUCUAUAUUUAUCUCCAUGCUUUAGUUUUGUCUUUGUUUAUUUCUGUAUUACGAGCUGAAUUUGGCAAGCUUGAUUUUAAUAUGUAGCUGAAAUAUCUUAUGCCAGUUUUGUGUACAUACAGGUAUUUUGUUAGAGGGCAUCGCAUUUAGUCUUGCUAACUUUGAUAUAUGAUAUAUCAUCUCACUU